AGCAAUCGGUUGAACCGUAUCUCUCUCUCUCUCUCUCUCUCUGCUUCGCAAACAAUUUUUCAAAUCAAAUUCACAAACUGCAUCAUCCAAUAAACAACUCCUGUUCUCUCUCUCUCUCUCUCUCUAAAUAUAUAUAUAUAUAUAUACAUCUGUAAAAGUCUGACUUUGGAUCCGGAGAAUCUUCCCAUCAGAAUACAAAUUCAAAACUCCAGCUGCAUAGGAGAGAAAACAGGGUUCCAGUGGAUUCAUUCACCGGAGGAAGAAUCUUCAGAGGUAUGGUUUGGGGCCGUGGAGAAGACAAAAUGGUAAUCCAAAACGGCCGCGGCGGCGGAUCACUCGAUACUGGCCACGCCCGUCUGCAAGAGCUCGGCUACAAGCAAGAACUCAAGCGCGAUCUCUCGGUCGUUUCGAAUUUCGCGUUCUCGUUUUCGAUCAUUUCGGUGCUUACUGGAAUAACCACGCUAUACAACACGGGGCUCAACUAUGGCGGACCGGUGGUUUUGGUUUAUGGGUGGCUGAUUGCGGGUACCUUCACGAUGUUUGUCGGAAUGUCUAUGGCGGAGAUUUGUUCUUCUUACCCAACUUCUGGGGGGCUCUAUUACUGGAGCGCCAAACUUGCUGGCCCAAGUUGGGCGCCUUUUGCCUCGUGGAUCACUGGCUGGUUCAACGUAGUUGGUCAGUGGGCUGUAACAACCAGCGUAGAUUUCUCACUAGCGCAGCUGAUUGAGGUGAUUAUUCUGCUUAGUACAGGUGGAAAAAAUGGCGGUGGCUAUCAGGCUUCUAAGUAUGUUGUUAUUUGCAUACAUGGUGGAAUUUUACUCCUACAUGCCAUCAUAAACUGCCUUCCAAUCUCAUUGUUGUCUUUAAUUGGACAGCUUGCUGCAGCUUGGAAUUUUGUAGGUGUCUUUAUUCUUAUGAUCAUCGUACCUAUUGUCGCAAAGGAAAGAGCUAGCGCUAAGUUUGUCUUCACUUACUUCAACGCUGAUAACGGUGAAGGCAUCAGCAGUAAAGUGUACAUAUUUGCUCUGGGACUCUUAAUGAGCCAAUAUACAAUUACUGGGUUUGAUGCUUCUGCCCACAUGACAGAGGAAACUAAAGAGGCUGACAAGAAUGGACCGAAGGGAAUAAUUAGUGCCAUUGGCAUAUCUAUAAUUGUUGGAUGGGGUUACCUACUAGGUAUCACCUUUGCAGUGACCAGCAUACCAUACCUUCUGAGCGAGGAUAAUGAUGCUGGUGGUUAUGCCAUCGCCGAAGUAUUUUACCUAGCUUUCAAAAGCAGAUAUGGCAGUGGUGCUGGGGGAAUUAUCUGCUUGGGAGUGGUUGCUAUGGCUAUAUUUUUCUGUGGCAUGAGUUCAAUUACAAGCAACUCAAGGAUGGCUUACGCGUUCUCAAGGGAUGGAGCCAUGCCAUUCUCAUCAGUUUGGCACAAAGUGAACAAGCAGGAUGUCCCCUUAAACGCAGUCUGGCUUUCUGCUAUAGUAGCAUUCUGCAUGGCUUUAACGUCUCUUGUGAGUUUGGUGGCAUUUCAAGCGAUGGUAUCGAUAGCAACAAUCGGGCUCUACAUUGCCUAUGCUCUCCCGAUCUUCUUCAGGGUGACCCUGGCUCGCAAGUCCUUCGUGCCAGGGCCUUUCAACUUAGGUCGCUACGGGGUUAUAGUCGGUUGGGUUUCGGUUCUUUGGGUGGUUACCAUAUCUGUGCUCUUCUCUUUGCCUGUGUCGUAUCCCAUUACAGACAAGACUCUGAAUUAUACACCAGUUGCAGUUGGUGGCCUGUUGAUUCUGGUUGUUUCUUCUUGGAUCUUAUCAGCCAGACACUGGUUUAAAGGCCCCAUAACCAAUCUAGAUAGCUAAGCUGUCUGCCAACAGAUUUGUCUAAAGUAAAGUUAGUUUUACCUAUUCAAAUUUUAUACAUUCAAUGGCCUGUAUUUAUGUUGCUAAUUAUGUUUCUUCCUCAA